UCAUCGCGCAGUACGGCCUCCCUCACGCUGCUGAGACACCACCUCUAAUCGGCUUUUUGUUCUAGAAGCUUCAGGGUUCGUGCUGUCAGGGGGGGUCUGUCACUAUCCGCACGCAUCCUCCACCCAGCCACCCUCAUUCGUAGCGGAACGGUGCCUGUAUCCACCAGCGGGGUCACAGCGAGCCAGGGGGACCAACAUGCCCGACGUUUCCGCUCCAAAAGCCAUGGCAGCGGCCAAGGCCGGGGGUAAAGGCGCCGGCAAGAGGAAUGGUGCUUACCAGGAUAAAGACAAGCCGGCCCAGAUCCGCUACAGCAACAUCUCGGCUGGAAAGGCUGUUGCCGAUGCUGUUAGAACCAGCCUUGGACCAAAAGGAAUGGAUAAAAUGAUUCAAGAUGGCAAAGGGGAUGUAACCAUUACAAAUGAUGGAGCAACAAUUUUGAAACAGAUGCAGGUCCUGCACCCUGCAGCUAAGAUGUUGGUUGAAUUGUCAAAAGCUCAAGACAUUGAAGCUGGAGAUGGCACCACAUCUGUUGUGGUCAUUGCUGGAGCUCUUCUAGAUUGUUGUGCCAAUAUGUUACAAAAAGGUAUACACCCCACAACCAUUUCAGAGUCCUUUCAGUUGGCUGUGUUGAAAGGAAUAGAAGUUCUAAGCAAUAUGGCUACUCCUGUGGAAUUAAGUGACAGACAAACAUUACUGAACAGUGCUUCAACUUCAUUGAACUCCAAGGUUGUGUCUCAGUAUUCCAGUUUGCUUGCCCCAAUGAGUGUAGAUGCUGUGCUGAAGGUUAUUGAUCCUUUGACUGCUACUAGUGUUGAUCUAAGAGACAUCAAAAUUGUGAAGAAACUUGGUGGUACCAUUGAUGAUUGUGAAUUGGUUGAAGGCCUUGUGCUUACACAGAAAGCUGCAAAUACUGGUGUAACCCGUGUGGAAAAAGCAAAGAUUGGUCUCAUUCAGUUUUGCUUAUCUUCACCAAAAACAGAUAUGGACAACCAAAUUGUGGUUUCAGACUACGCACAGAUGGACAGAGUUUUGCGGGAAGAGAGGACCUACAUCCUGAACCUUAUAAAACAGAUUAAGAAAGCUGGAUGCAAUGUUCUGCUCAUUCAGAAGUCCAUUUUAAGGGACGCUCUCAGUGACCUUGCUUUACAUUUUUUGAAUAAAAUGAAAAUAAUGGUUGUUAAAGACAUUGAAAGAGAAGACAUUGAGUUUGUAUGCAAGACCAUAGGAACUAAACCAGUUGCGCAUAUAGACCAAUUCACAGCAGAUAUGUUGGCGACUGCUGAGCUAGCAGAGGAAGUGAGUUUGAAUGGUUCUGGCAAACUGGUAAAGAUAACUGGUUGUGCAAACCCAGGCAAAACUGUUACUAUUGUCGUUCGUGGAUCCAACAAAUUGGUUAUCGAAGAAGCUGAGAGAUCCAUCCAUGAUGCACUUUGUGUGAUACGCUGCUUGGUAAAGAAAAGAGCGUUAAUUGCUGGAGGAGGAGCCCCUGAGAUUGAACUAGCCUUGCGUUUGAACGAAUAUUCUCGUACACUAAGUGGCAUGGAGGCCUACUGCAUCCGGGCCUUUGCAGAUGCCAUGGAAGUUAUUCCAUCAACGUUGGCUGAAAAUGCAGGCCUUAACCCAAUAUCAACUGUAACAGAACUGCGGAACAGGCAUGCACAGGGGGAGAAAACUGCUGGUAUUAACAUCAGAAAGGGUGGAAUUUCUAACAUUUUGGAUGAGCUUGUUGUUCAGCCCCUGUUGGUGUCUAUCAGCAGCCUGACCUUGGCUACAGAGACUGUGCGCAGUAUUCUGAAAAUAGAUGAUGUGGUAAACACGCGAUAAGCUGUGGCUAAAUGGCAUUCUGAUAUUUGACUUUAUGAGCCCUGUCAUUCUGUUCAUGUCUUUGCUGGCUGUUAAUGUUACUUGUCAGCACUUAAUUUAAUAAAAUUUUUGCCUGAU